AUGCCUGGUAGUAACAGCUCCUAUGGUGGUGUAUAUCGUAUGUCGGCAUUCGGUGGGGUUGGGUCUACAAGGAUAUCAAAGAGCCAGAUGGAGUCUAGAGAUCCCAGAAAGAGGUUCGAAUCAUGUGCUUGGCGUCGUCGGUUGAGGCAAUGGAAGGAGCUACAGAGCAAGAAGCAAGGCUCCUUCUCGAGUAGACAGUUGAUGAGAACAGUUAUCCUCAAUACUUUUUAUAUUGCG